UGACAGCUAACUAGCGAAGCUGCCUUCAUGACUUCACUCCAGCCUGCACCUACCUACCAUUUUCUACUUACAUUUUCGUUUUUCAUCACCGUAACAGCAUCGAUCCUUCAGACUUUUAAUCUAGCCUUUUUACUUUAUACCUAGAUUGCGUUUCAGACCAGCGAAUAUGUCCUUUGUAGGUAAAACUCUAUAUUUAUGACUAGUUAGCUUGGAGGCUAGCUAAAGUUGAUAGCAUUGUUUAGUUCCAAUCAGAUUUUCUCAAACUGGCAUCGGCAUUUGGACACCGUCAACCAUGGGGAUACUGUUUACGAAGCUAUGGAGGCUUUUUAAUCAUCAAGAGCACAAAGUCAUUAUUGUGGGACUGGACAACGCUGGCAAGACCACUAUCCUCUAUCAGUUUUCUAUGAAUGAGGUGGUGCACACAUCCCCAACCAUCGGCAGUAACGUGGAGGAGAUUGUGGUGAACAACACGCACUUCCUCAUGUGGGACAUCGGGGGGCAGGAGUCGCUCCGGUCGUCUUGGAACACCUACUACACUAACACAGAGUUUGUAAUAGUGGUGGUAGACAGCACAGACAGAGAACGCAUCUCAGUAACCAAAGAGGAACUCUACAGAAUGCUUGCACAUGAAGACCUGAGGAAGGCGGGUCUGCUGAUCUUUGCAAACAAACAGGACGUUAAAGGCUGUAUGUCUGUGGCAGAGAUCUCUCAGAGUUUGCAGCUCACCUCUGUCAAAGACCAUCAGUGGCACAUCCAGGCCUGCUGCGCCCUCACCGGGGAGGGGUUGUGCCAGGGUCUUGAGUGGAUGAUGUCUCGACUUCGUGUGAGAUGAUGAACUUUCACCUCUCACCUCCUUUGCCCUUUCGGGAGUGUGCCCUCUGCUGGAUUUACCCCAGGACUGAGCUUGGAAUCGAGGAUGAAGGCAACGCAGUGGUGGCGGUCAUGACACCCUCCUCUCUCCUCUUUACCUGUGAAUCUGAGAUGGGCCUAAACUAAUUUAUUUUAUGUUUUAAGAGGGUCAGAACUGAACAUGAAAGAGGACAUCGACCCUUCAAAAUAAGACUUGAAUUAUUUAAAUUUAAGCACGGUUUUCAGGUCAAUAUGAUGGCUUGGGACUAUAUUAACGGACUUGUUCCGAGUCUAGCCCAUUUUGGUGGCCUUGCAGUCAGUAUUGUACCGGACUUUUUGGUGUGGUUUUUAUCGCUCCAUUCCUUAUGUGUACAGUCUAGUAUUUUAUUUUAACACGGUGCCUGCAAAAAAAUGGUCAGAGAGGGAUUGAAAUGCAAAACUUGAAAUAUAGCAUACUUUUUUUGUCUUUCAAUCCCUACCAAUAAUCAGUGAAUAAAGUGUUUUUAUCUGUG